ACUUUUUAUUUUUCUCAGGGAUCAAAGUGAAUCUAAUGAAGUUCAUCAUUGCUGAAACAUCAUCCAAGACUUCUUCAAUCCUUCCUUCCACUUUAGACGCUUGUCUGUCAUACUUCAACAUCUCACACCUCCUCUUUAUUUCUUUCAGGUCGUUCUUCAGCGCUUCAACGAUCUCCAUGAAGUCUUUCCUCAGUUUUUCUACUUUGCAUACAAUUUCUUUCUGUUUAUAUGUCUUUCUUUCUAAUGCUGUACCAAUAGCACUUGCUCCUACUGCUGUUAUUGCUAAAGCUGCCCCUGUUGUGAAUACAGCUCCAACAACCCCAAGUCCACACCAUGCUGCUGCAAGAAAAACUCCUCCUCUUCUCUCUAUCUGUAUCUUUCUGACUUUUUUAUCGAUCUUCCGAAAACCUUUUACAAUAUCUCUCAUGGUGUCUUUACAAGAGUCAAACUUUUUGAUGAAUGAAUCUGCGUAUGUUUUAAGUUUGUCCAUUGCAGAGCAUUGAAGAAGUGGACUUUAAAUCAAACUUGAGAAAGGUUCUGUGGAGACAGGAAGCGAUAGAGGUCAUCAGAAUAAACCCACACAGGUGUUUCCUCACAGCUCCACUCAGACUUGCCUAAGAAACAAGAUUCCUGUUGUGAUGAACAGUACAUGUUUUUGUGAAAACAUGUGUCAAAGAUGGAGAUAACAUGUGUUAAAGAGGAGCUUUUGAAUACACUGGAAGAUUUGUCAGAUGAAGAAUUCAAGAAGUUCAAGUGGUUCCUGCAGCAGCGUGAAAUCCUGGUAGGAUUCCAAGCCAUCCCAAAGAACCAACUGGAAAACGCAGACAGGAUAGACACAGUCGAUAAGAUCAUACAGACCUUCAGCCAUCAGUCUGUAGAAGUGGUGAAGCUGGUUUUAAAGAAGACUCGUAGGAAUGAUCUGGUGGAGAAAUUAUCAAACAUCAGCACAGGAGCACAAGGCGUGUAUGUGAGGAGUCAAUCUGAGGCCUGUUCUCUGCCCAACACAUUGUUGGAGGCCCCGGUCUCUCUACAGACCCCUACCCCCCCCCAGACCACCAGCCCCAGGGCAACCACACUGCCUGCCCCGUCUACACCUACCAGCCUGCUUCAGAGUCCUCCGGUGGACAAAGCUCAGAACACCUCAUCCAAAUAUGACAUCAUCACCUGCAAAGUUCUGAUCCAAUCAGGAUCUCCUGCUGUCUACCAGCUGAUACCAAAGAAAGAGAAGAUUGGAUCUCUGACAAGAAUGACUCUUGGUGAAAAAAAUCCAAACAAGAAAAACAAAACCAUCUUACUUGUUGGUGAAACAGGAGCAGGAAAAUCUACUCUGGUCAACUACGCCAUGGGAGUGGAGUGGGAGGAUGAUGUCUGGUUUCAGAUCGUAGAGGAGGAGAAGAGAAGACUAUCACAAAGUCAGACAUCAGAUGUGAUCGUGUACCAGAUCUGUGGUUUUGAAGAUAAACCUCUUCCCUACUCUCUGACCAUCAUCGAUACUCCUGGAUACGGAGACACCAGAGGGAUCGAAUAUGAUGACAUCAUCACUCAAAGAUUAUUAGACUUGUUCCAGUCAGACGAUGGAGUUCAUGAGAUUGAUGCAGUGGGUCUGGUGAUGAAAGCGAGUGAGAAUCGACUGAGUGACCGUCAGAGGUACAUCUUUGAUUCAGUGAUGUCUCUGUUUGGAAAAGACCAGGGGCCUCAUUUAUAAAACCUGUUACGCAAGAAAAAGUUGCGUGAAGCAGGGUGAAAUUUUU